AUGUUGCGUGGGCCAACCCCCAACUCGGACGUCGGUGGUCGGUCACCAGCCUCAAAAGUAAUAAAACCACCGUCAGGCAGCUACCAAACAACUCUCGCCAGUGAGUGGUCCGUGAGAUUCGUCGGUGCCGCUGACACUAGUAUCAUGGAGAGGGACGGUCUGGAGUCAACAGACUCAAACACUGACGUAUUACGAGGUGUCCUUGCAGGCGAGACCUCUUCAUCGACUAUUGUGCACAGCCAUGCUCCUCCUCAUGCCGAACCUAACCUAAGCAAAUGCAACAUUCCCAACGAAUUAGCAGCUGAAUUCAUGGAUAAUGGACCUGGGUCUUUCAUGUUCUCUGGAGCCUACGGUAGUGCCGAGGAUUGA